CUACCAAUGGCCAACGAAGAGAUCGCAGCCCUUGUGGUGGACAAUGCCACCAGAAACUGCAGAGCAGGAGUGGCGGGAGAGGACUUCCCCAGAACGGUACUUCCUCCCAUCAUUGGGAAGCCCAAGGGGCAGAGUGCAGCGGAAGACACCGCCAGGAAGUCCUACUAUGUGGGUAGGGAUGCCCAGAGCAGGAGGGACAUUUUGACCCUGAGGCACCCCAUUGAAAAUGGCUUUAUUAUCAACUGGGAUGACAUGGAGAAGAUCUGGCACCACGUUUUCUACGAGGAGUUGCAGGUGGACCCGGAGGAACACCCCAUCUUGCUGUCUGAGCGUCCCGUGAACGGGUGGUACGAUCGGGAGAAGAUGACCCAGAUUAUGUUUGAGAGCUUCAACGCCUCCGCCUUCUACUUGGAAAUCCAAGCCGUUCUCUCCCUCUACGCUUCCGGACGGGUCAACGGAAUAGUUCUGGAUAUCAAGAACAACCGGACGGAUCCUGUCCCCGUUUACGAAGGCCAUGCUGUCCGCCCUGCUCUCCUCCGCAUGGACCUGGGCGGGGAAGACCUGACCGACUUCCUUCGGCGGAUGCUGAGCGAAAGAGGCUACCACAUCAACCCAGAAGAGAAGGAGAUGGUGGAGGACAUCAAGGAGAAGUUUUGCUACGUGGCCCUGGACUUUGAGAAAGAAAUGGCGGCCGCUACGCCCUCCUCUUUGGAGAAGCAGUAUGAGCUACCCGAUGGGCAAACGAUCACCCUUGACACCGAGCGCUUCAGGUGUCCCGAAGGCCUCUUCCAAGCCGGAUAUGUGGGUAAAGAAUGUUGUGGCAUCCACGAGACUGUUUUCAACGCCGUCAUGAAGUGCGAUAGGGAUCUCCGCAGCACCAUGUUUAAAAACGUCGUGCUGGCAGGUGGCACCUCCAUGUUCUCCGGCUUGGCUGAAAGGUUACAGCCGGAGGUGGCAGCGCUGGCUCCCCAAAAUGCAGAAGUCCGCAUCAUUGCCCCCCCGAAUCGCACGUGCUCAGCCUGGGUUGGGGGCUCCCUCUUAGCGUCUCUUCCUCACUUUCAGCAAAUGUGCAUCAGCAAACAGGAAUAUGAGGAGUUUGGCCCGACUAUUGUACGCCGGAAGUGCUUUUGAGUGUUUUUUUUGUUUUGCUGCUUCUCCUGCCACACGUCGAAGUAGUAUUAGAAGCAGAAUAACAGAAUAAGCGAGUUGGAAGGGACCUUGGAGGUCUUCUAGUCCAACCCCCCCCUUGCUCAGGCAGGAAACCCUGUACCAUUUCAGCCUCUGAAAUGAGGUCUACCCUUUGGGCAAUUUGGCAGUUUGAAUCUCAGCAGGCUCAAGGUCGACUCAACCUUCCCUCCUUCCGAGGUGGGUAAAAU